AUGAGCCCAAAUGCCCCGCGUUGGGCCACGGAGGUCCGGGCGGUGGGUUGGAUGCAGCCCCCCCAGAAGGGGAAGACCCGCUACAUGCUGUCCGUGCUCUGGUCCGACGGCACCCACGGGCUCAUCUUCCGGACCUUCGCCCAGUUCAAGGAACUCCACAAGGUGCUGAAGAAGACGUUCCCCUUGGAAGCGGGGUUGCUGCGGAAGUCAGACCGGGUCCUCCCCAAGCUCAAAGACGCGACCCUGAUCCCCAGGCCCGGCUGGCGGGUCGGGGGUCGGGUCAGGGGCCUGGGCCGAGCGUCCACCCGGCUCCGGCUGCUGGAGGCCUAUUCCGGGCAACUGCUGCGGGCGGGGGGCAAGGUGGCCCGAGCCCAGGCCGUGCUGGCCUUCUUCUCAGCGCAGUCCCAGGACCUGGCACCCAGGCUCCCCGACGGAAGCGUGGUGAUGCUGCCCGCCUCUCAGGCGGGCCCAGAGGGCGGGGGUCCGCGCAGCCCCCCCAGCCUCACCAUCCAGAGGGCCACAAAGCGGUCCUGUCGCUGCCUGGAGGCCUUCCGGACUCGCGACAUCGCCGACCGCCCUUUUCGCACCUCCCGUGCCCAGCGGCUGCACGUGCUCGCCACAGCAUCCUCCGGUUGGUGGCUGGUGGAGAAUGAGGAAGAACAGAUUGCCUGGUUCCCGGCCCCCUACCUGGAGAUGGCUCCGUCCCUUCCGGAGAGGGCUGCCCCCCACCCAACGCCCCCUGGCCCGCAGCGUUACUACACGGGCGCGGCGCACGCGGCCCGGAGUGAGGACGAGCUGUCCGUGCUGGCCGGGGUGACGCUGGACGUGCUGGAGGCGCCCGACAGCGGCUGGUGGCACUGCAGGUACCGGGGCCGCAGCGGCCUCCUGCCCUCCGCCUGCCUCCGGGCCUACCACCCGCCGCCGCCCGGACCACUGCAGGCCCUGCUGGGCCUCCUGCUUGCGGCGCCCAGCGCCCGGCCGCCUGUCGCCCUGGGCUCCCGCUCUCCGGAGGGCCAUCCCGUGGAGCCGCCCAUCCCGUCCCGGAGGUCCGGGGCCGGGCCGGAGACCCUCACCACGGUCCCGGCCGUGCCCGGCCGACCCACACGCUCUGAGAUCCUGCAGCGGUGCUACGGUGACCCGAUGCCGGGCGCUGGGCCCAAGCUGGCCCCUCCCAGGUCGACCUGCCGACCGCCCCCAACCCUAGCUCUGGUUCCUGAGGGGCGACUGGGGCCACGGCGGGGCUGGGCUGGAUGGCGGAGGGGCCCUUCUCUUCCUGAGCCCAGCCUGGCACUCUGGAACAGGCUGGCUCCCAAGGCGGGGGGCCCGGUGGGGCCAGUGGUAGCCACCCCAUGCCUCAGCCCGGGCUCCGAGUUGGCACGGCUUGGCCAGCUGGCAGAAUCGGGCAAAGCCAGCUCGCCCAGACCCAGGCGAGCUCUGCCCGGCCCGCUGCCCGCCCCGGGACCCCAGCCUGUUGGACGUGUGACCGGCUGUCCUAGGCUCUGGGAAAGGGGGCCGGGCGGGGAAGCCGUCACCCUCAUUUCAUAAAUAAACAUCUCUUUAUCCAGUUCGUUCUGUUACAAAAGUCGGGGGGAAAAGUGAGUCCGUGGGCGUCGCAAAGUAGCGGGUUCAGAGAAGCCGGCUGGCAGAGGAGGGCGAGUCCGCGGGUG